AUGAAGAAGCAAAACGUCCGGACUUUAUCAUUAAUCGUCUUCACGCUUACCUAUCUCCUCGUCGGUGCUGCAAUCUUCGACGUGCUCGAGUCCGAGACGGAGAAAUUACGCAAAGAAGCGUUAGAUGCCAUUGAGAAAAUGGUCAUACGAAAAUACAAUAUAAGCGAGGACGACUUCAAGAUCAUGGAAACAGUGGUGCUGAAGACAGAACCUCAUAAAGCUGGCCAACAGUGGAAGUUCGCUGGCGCGUUUUAUUACGCUACAACGGUCCUCACCACGAUAGGUUACGGACACUCAACGCCGACUACCAUAUACGGCAAAUUGUUCACAAUGUGCUACGCGAUCAUUGGUAUCCCAUUAGGACUUGUAAUGUUUCAGAGUAUAGGAGAACGCGUGAAUAAGUUCUCAUCUGUCGUGAUACGGAGUGUAAAGACGCUUCUAAACUGUAGAAACGUCCAGGCCUCGGAGAUAAAUCUCAUCUGCGUGGUAACGACGUUGUCGUGCCUGACUAUCGCCGGCGGCGCCGCUGCGUUCUCCAGAUACGAGGGGUGGUCCUAUUUCGAUUCCAUUUACUAUUGCUUCAUUACUUUGACGACAAUCGGUUUCGGCGACAUGGUCGCGCUACAGAAGGAUAAUGCGCUCAACAAGAAGCCUGAAUAUGUGAUGUUUGCCCUAAUAUUUAUUCUCUUCGGCUUGGCGAUCGUGGCGGCCUCGCUUAAUUUACUGGUUUUGAGAUUCGUGACUAUGAAUACGGAGGAUGAAAGACGAGACGAAGCAGAAGCGUUACAGGCAGCCCAGGGCGCGGUGCGUCUCGAGGGCGAUGUAAUAACGGCAAAUGGCUCGAUACUGUCAGGCCAAAUUGGCAAUCACGGGAACACAAUGUCGUUGGACGACGAAGCGUCGGUGUGUAGUUGCCGCUGCAGCGGUUUCCAGAGGAAGCGGCGGAGACCACGUUUUACGGUGCGCCGCUCGCCAGGCAAGAUCUCACACUUGCUGCCAAUGCAACAGCUGUCGACGUUGAGCGUGCGGGGCGACCCGCGAACGUCACAGCAUUCUUCGAUGCUGCCGUUACCGCCACUGUAUCAGCACCGUGCCAGUAUCUGACGUCGUUGUUCUGCCGCGAGGAGUGUGAUACUCCUCGACGAGCAGCAGCAUCACUAUUACGAGCAGUCACGGCGGGUGUCCG